AUGGAUGAAGAAUUAGGUGGACUGACGGAAGAUGAUUUCUUGUUGCCCCCUGUUAAAUACGAGUACUUGGACCAUACGGCUGAUGUACAGUUACAUGCAUGGGGCGACACUCUGAAGGAAGCAUUUGAGCAGUGUGGUAUGGCUAUGUUUGCAUAUAUGACAGAAAUGCCAUAUGUGGAAAUCAAAGAAGUGCACACAAUAGAAGCUAAUGCAGAUGACUUGAUGGGCCUCCUGUACCACUUCCUCGAUGAACUGCUUUUCCUAUUCUCAGUUGAACCAUUCUUAAUAUGUAAAAAGUUAGUGAUAACAGAAUUUAAUACAGAAGAGUUCAGAAUAGUCUGCAAGUGUUAUGGAGAAGAGUUUCAACUUGGCAAGCACCCACAGGGAACUGAAGUUAAAGCAAUCACUUACUCGGCCAUGCAAAUAAUUGAUGAACCAAAGGAUAAUAAGUAUGAAGUGUUUGUUAUUAUUGAUAUUUGA